UAGUAAGCAUGGCGGCGGCGGCGUUCGUGGUCCCUCGGGUGAAACAGAAAGCGGGAGCUACACGGAGAGGGAGCGAAGAGCGGGGCUGAGGCGGCGCCGUCACUGCCGGGAAACCACCCCAACAGCCAGUGCGCCGGCGGCCGCGGAGGCCCCGAGAGCUGGCUCUGCUGUUGAGGUAGAGCGCGAACGCUCAGGAACCCGGAGAAGAGGCGCCAGGGAAGCCGCCUUCCUCCGCCUCAGAGCGGCGUGACUCGAAGAGUUGGAGGGUUAUCCAAUAUAUUAAUGUCUUAUUGAUAAUGGCAGAACAUCCACCACUGCUGGAUACAACUCAGAUUUUAAGUAGUGAUAUUUCUCUUCUCUCUGCCCCUAUUGUAAGCGCAGAUGGAACACAACAGGUUAUUUUGGUACAAGUUAACCCAGGGGAAGCAUUUACAAUAAGAAGAGAAGAUGGACAGUUUCAGUGCAUUACAGGUCCUGCUCAGGUUCCAAUGAUGUCCCCAAAUGGUUCUGUGCCUCCUAUUUAUGUGCCUCCUGGAUAUGCCCCACAGGUUAUUGAGGACAAUGGUGUUCGAAGAGUUGUUGUGGUUCCUCAGGCACCAGAGUUUCAUCCUGGUGGUCACACGGUCAUACACCGUUCUCCACAUCCUCCUCUCCCGGGUUUCAUUCCUGUCCCAACCAUGAUGCCCCCUCCACCUCGCCACAUGUACUCACCGGUGACUGGAGCGGGAGACAUGACAACACAGUAUAUGCCACAGUAUCAGUCUUCACAAGUAUAUGGAGAUGUAGAUGCUCACUCUACACAUGGAAGGUCCAACUUUAGAGAUGAGAGAUCUAGUAAAACAUAUGAACGUUUGCAGAAAAAAUUAAAGGAUCGCCAAGGAACACAGAAAGAUAAAAUGAGCAGUCCACCGUCAUCACCCCAGAAAUGCCCUUCUCCCAUAAAUGAACAUAAUGGACUUAUAAAAGGGCAGAAUGCUAGUGGUGUAAACACAGGAUCAGUGAGCAAGAAGUCAGGGAGAGGGAAAGGAGGUGCACAAAUUGAUACAGAGCUAGAAGAAAAAGAUGAAGAAACUAAAGCUUUUGAAGCACUUCUUUCCAACAUUGUCAAACCGGUGGCCUCAGGUAUCCAAGCAAGGACAGUGAUACUUACCUGGUCACCUCCUUCCAGCUUCAUUAACGGCGAAACAGAUGAAACUACUGUACCAGAGCUCUAUGGUUAUGAAAUUCUGGUCUCAAGUACUGGAAAAGAUGGAAAAUAUAAAAGUGUAUAUGUAGGUGAAGAAACAAGUGUCACUUUAAAUGAUCUCAAACCGGCUACAGAUUACCAUGCAAAAGUCCAGGCAGAAUACAAUUCUAUAAAGGGAACUCCUUCAGAAGCUGAAAGCUUUACCACCUUGAGCUGUGAACCUGAUGUACCUAAUCCACCAAGAAUAGCCAAUCGGACCAAAAAUUCACUCACUUUGCAAUGGAAGGCACCUAGUGACAAUGGUUCUAAAAUCCAAAGCUUUAUUUUAGAAUGGGAUGAGGGAAAAGGAAAUGGAGAAUUUUGUCAGUGUUACAUGGGCUCACAGAAGCAAUUUAAAGUUACUAAACUGUCACCAGCGAUGGGUUGUAAAUUUAGACUAUCAGCCAAAAAUGACUAUGGUAUAAGUGGUUUUAGUGAAGAAGUCUUAUAUUACACCUCAGGCUGUGCACCUUCUAUGCCCGCAAGUCCUGUAUUAACUAAGGCUGGAGUUACUUGGUUAUCCUUACAAUGGAGUAAACCCCUAGGAACACCAUCAGAUGAAGGAAUUUCUUACAUUUUAGAGAUGGAGGAAGAAACUUCAGGAUAUGGUUUUAAGCCUAAAUAUGAUGGAGAAGAUCUUGCUUACACAGUGAAAAAUCUCAGACGUAGUACAAAGUAUAAAUUUAAGGUUAUUGCUUACAACUCAGAAGGUAAAAGUAAUCCAAGUGAAGUAGUAGAAUUUACUACAUGCCCUGAUAAACCAGGAGUACCUGUAAAGCCUUCAGUUAAAGGAAAGAUACAUUCACACAGUUUUAAAAUAACUUGGGACCCACCAAAAGAUAGUGGAGGGGCAGCCAUCAGUAAAUAUGUAGUGGAGAUGGCAGAAGGUUCUAAUGGAAACAAAUGGGAUAUGAUAUACAGUGGAACUACCAGGGAACAUCUUUGUGAUCGACUGAAUCCAGGCUGUUUCUAUCGUUUACGAGUUUACUGCAUCAGUGAUGGAGGACAGAGUGCGGUAUCUGAAUCUUUACUUGUGCAGACUCCAGCUGUGCCUCCUGGCCCGUGCCUCCCUCCCAGAUUACAGGGUAGACCCAAAGCAAAAGAAAUACAGUUACGAUGGGGACCCCCUCCAGUCGAUGGUGGAUCACCCAUUUCCUGCUAUGGUGUGGAAAUGUCUCCUGUAGAAAAAGAUGAACCCAGAGAAGUUUAUCAAGGUUCUGAAGUAGAAUGUACAGUGAGCAACCUUCUUCCAGGAAAGACUUACAGCUUCAGACUGCGCGCAGCUAACAAAAUAGGGUUUGGACCAUUUUCAGAAAAAUGUGAUGUUACUACAGCCCCUGGACCACCAGAUCAAUGCAAGCCUCCUCAAGUGACAUGCAAAUCUGCAACUUGUGCACAAGUAAAUUGGGAGGUCCCUUUGAGUAAUGGAACAGAUGUCACUGAAUAUCGACUGGAGUGGGGAGGAGUGGAAGGAAGUAUGCAGAUAUGUUACUGUGGGCCUGGUCUCAGUUAUGAAUUAAAAGGACUUUCACCAGCAACUACCUAUUAUUGCAGAGUCCAGGCUCUGAGUAUUGUGGGUGCAGGCCCUUUCAGUGAAGUAGUAGCCUGUGUGACUCCACCAUCAGUUCCUGCCAUUGUGACUUGUCUUCAAGAAAUAAGUGAUGAUGACAUAGAAAAUCCCCAUUAUUCACCUUCUACAUGCCUUGCAAUAAGCUGGGAAAAGCCUUGUGACCAUGGUUCAGAAAUCCUUGCCUACAGCAUAGACUGUGGAGACAAACAGCCCUUGACAGUGGGAAAGGUUACAAGCUAUAUUAUAGACAAUUUGCAACCAGAUACAACAUACAGAAUACGAAUUCAAGCCUUGAAUAGCCUUGGAGCUGGCCCUUUCAGUCACAUGAUAAAAUUAAAAACUAAGCCCCUCCCUCCUGAUCCACCUCGUCUGGAAUGUGUUGCCUUUAGCCACCAGAACCUUAAACUGAAAUGGGGAGAAGGAACCCCAAGGACAUUAUCAACAGAUUCUGUUCAGUACCACCUUCAGAUGGAAGAUAAGAAUGGAAGGUUUGUAUCCUUGUACAGAGGUCCAUGUCAUACAUACAAAGUACAAAGACUUAAUGAGUCAACAUCCUAUAAAUUCUGUAUUCAAGCCUGUAAUGAAGCUGGGGAAGGUCCUCUCUCCCAAGAAUAUAUUUUCACUACUCCAAAAUCUGUCCCAGCUGCCUUGAAAGCCCCCAAAAUAGAGAAAGUAAAUGAUCACAUUUGUGAAAUUACAUGGGAGUGUUUACAGCCAAUGAAAGGUGAUCCAGUUAUUUACAGUCUUCAAGUUAUGAUGGGAAAGGAUUCAGAAUUCAAACAGAUUUACAAAGGUCCCGACUCUUCAUUCCGGUAUUCAAGCCUUCAGCUGAACUGUGAGUAUCGUUUCCGUGUGUGUGCUAUUCGCCAGUGCCAAGACCCUGUGGGGCAUCAGGACCUAGUAGGUCCCUACAGCACAACAGCGCUCUUCAUCUCUCAGAGGACUGAACCACCAGCCAGCACCAACAGAGACACUGUGGAAAGCACGAGGACCCAUCGGGCACUUAGUGAUGAGCAGUGUGCAGCCGUCAUCCUUGUGCUGUUUGCUUUCUUUUCCAUUUUGAUUGCCUUUAUCAUUCAGUACUUUGUAAUCAAGUGAAAAUAUAACUUUAUUUUUAAUACUGUUA